UAUGACAAGAGAAUGAGAAGAUUUCAGAUUUCUGCAGUCAGAGUGGGUGCCUAGAAAUAAGCCAGAAGGAAAUAUCACACUACUGAACUAUUAUUGUAAACAUCACGAUGCGGAGUAAUGACCGGAAUUAAGACGGUCUGUGUACUCCUCUGGUGUCCCUUUCAUCUCCCCUGCUGCCGACGCCAUGGACUAGAGGACAGUGGGUGUGAUCUAGCACACAGCCAUGGCCCUCAGCAGGCUGCUCAACCCACCUCAGUGAGAACGCAGACAAUGAACUUGUGAAGCCUGGCGUCCAUCAAGACGACCGCUGCAGCCUGGGCAGCACACACACAUGAUCACAUGACUGUGGACAUGGACACGGUCCUGUCAGAUUUUGUUCAGUCCACUGGGGCAGAACCAGGUCUGGCUAGAGACCUGCUGGAAGGCAAAAACUGGGACUUGAGUGCGGCUCUGAACGACUAUGAGCAGCUGAGGCAGGUGCACACUGCCAACCUGCCACACGUCUUCAACGAGGGCCGCUACUACAAGCCCCUGGACGACACACCCACCCAUGUCAGCUGCCCUCAGAAGCAGGAGGACAGUGCCCAGGAGAAGCGCCUGUCUCGUGGCAUCUCCCACGCCAGCUCUGCCAUCGUGUCCCUUGCUCGCCUCCAUGUGGCCAGCGAGUGCACCAGCGAGCAGUUCCCGCUGGAGAUGCCCAUCUACACCUUCCAGCUGCCCGACCUCAGCGUCUACAGUGAGGACUUCAGGAGCUUCAUCGAGAGAGACCUCAUAGAACAGUCCACCAUGAUGGCUCUGGAGCAGGCCGGUCGUCUAAACUGGUGGUCCACCAUGUGCUCCAGCUGCAAGAAGCUGCUCCCUCUGGCCACCACAGGGGAUGGGAACUGCCUGCUGCACGCCGCCUCUCUAGGGAUGUGGGGCUUCCAUGACAGAGACCUAGUGUUGAGGAAGUCUCUGUAUGCCAUGAUGAAGACUGGAGCAGAGAGGGAGGCUCUCAAGAGAAGGUGGAGAUGGCAACAGACCCAGCAGAACAAAGAGUCAGGGCUGGUGUACACUGAGGAAGAGUGGGAGAGAGAGUGGAAUGAGUUGCUAAAGCUGGCAUCCAGUGAACCACGCUCACACCUCAGCAGGAACAGCAACACAACGGGAGGGGUGGACAACUCAGAGGAGCCAGUGUAUGAGAGCCUGGAGGAGUUCCAUGUGUUUGUGCUGGCCCACGUGCUGCGCAGGCCUAUUGUGGUCGUAGCUGACACUAUGCUCCGAGACUCAGGAGGAGAAGCAUUUGCCCCCAUUCCUUUUGGAGGGCUGUACCUGCCCCUAGAGGUGCCCCCCAACCGCUGUCACUGCUCUCCCCUGGUGCUGGCCUAUGAUCAGGCACACUUCUCUGCCUUGGUCUCCAUGGAGCAGAGGGAUCAGCAGCACGAGCAAGCUGUCAUCCCACUGACUGACUCAGAGCACAGACUCCUGGCACUCCACUUUGCUGUGGACCCGGGGAGGGACUGGGACUGGGGGAGGGACGACAAUGACAACACCAGGCUAGCCAAUCUCAUACUUUCUCUGGAGGCCAAACUGAAUCUGCUGCACAAUUACAUGAAUGUAACAUGGAUAAGAAUUCCGUCAGAAACAAGGGCUCCCCUGGCUCAACCGGAGUCCCCCACAGCAUCUGCAGGUGAAGAUGUCCAGUCUCUAGCUGAGUCCAUAGACUCAGACCGUGAGUCUGUGGGCAGCAACUCAAACGUCAACAGUGGCAAGCCAGGCAAGGACAAGGACAAGCAACGCAAGGACAAGGACAAGAACAGGGCUGACUCAGUGGCCAAUAAGCUGGGCAGCUUCAGCAAAACCCUUGGGAUCAAACUGAAGAAGAACAUGGGUGGUUUAGGAGGUUUGGUCCAUGGCAAGAUAAACAAGUCCAACACUGUCUCGGGACGCAGCACAGAGAACGGAGAAAAGGUGAAAAAGAAAGAGUCUAAGACCAACAAGGGGAGUAAGGAGGAGGCAGGCCAGUCUGCCAGCUCCACAUCGUCUGAAAAGGCCACUAGCCCCUCCCCCACAGACAGGCACAGGCCUUCUGGCUCGUCCCCUGCCGAGAGGCAGGAAGGCACAGGGAGAAGCUCAGGAGAAAAGAGCCUGGACAACUGGAAGUACAGCACUGACGUUAAGCUCAGCAUAAACAUCCUGCGAGCUGCCAUGCAGGGCGAACGCAAGUUCAUCUUCGGGGGCCUGCUGUUGACCAGUCACCGGCACCAGUUCCACGAGGAGAUGAUCAGCUUCUACCUGAGCAGUGCCCAGGAGCGCUUCAGCCAGGAGCAGGAGACCAGGAGGAAGGAGGGGGAGAAGAAGCCCCCUUCCAACGGGGUGUCACUGAGGAAGCCCGAACAGGAGAGUGUCUUCAAGAGGGAGAGAUCUGACAGCUCCCCGCCAGACAGCUGGUCUCCCCUCCACCCCCGUCACCACAGUGACAACCCCCACACCCAGCUGCCCCUCAAGGCGCAAGGCAGGAACAUCCCCACCCCUGCUGCAGCCUCUCCAGUCCCUACCUCUCUGCCCCCACUUACCCCACCUCCAGCCCUACCCUCAGUCUCAUACCCCUCUCAAACUCCAAUCCCCACCCCUUACUCCUCCCCUAGUAACGGUGCUAAGAGGGCUGGGCCUGCCCCUGUGUCCGCCCACUACAGCCAUACCCCGCCCAUCCAGAGACACAGCAUUGUACACCUACAGGAUGUCAGCGUGGAGUCCUCCAGCUUCCAGGGGGAGCCCUACAGGCCCGUGGUGGGCACCCUAAAGACCUGCGCCACGUACCCCCAACAGAACCGAUCCCUGUCCUCUCAAAGCUACAGCCCAACAUGCUUGUCUGGCGUCCAUGUUGGAUAUGCAGGUGAGGCACUCCCCUACAACAUGCCUGGGGAACACAAGUCUCACACCUACACCAACGGCUUUGACACAGGCGACAUCAAGGACUGCCUGGAUUUCGCAGACGAGGACCCGUCGGCACACACCUGGCUCAAUCAAGACCAGACCAAAGGGUGGAGCUCGGGGAUCCCCAUGUACUACUACCUGCAGAGACGCUGUAGGAGGGAGAACUGCUCCUUCUACGGCAGGCCAGAGACAGAGAACUACUGCUCCUACUGCUACAAAGAGGAGCUUAAACGCAGGGAAAGGGAGAGCAAGGUGCACAAGCCAGGAUAGCCUCUGCUUAGCCUACAUCAACUGCUCCAAGCUAAAGAAACUACGACAACACUCUUGGCACUCUGCAGUUAGUGCAACAUACAGUAACAGCAAACAUUUUCCUACUCUGUCAGAAGAAAAAUAUUCUGUUACCCCUUGUUAUUUUCUCCUCUAUCUCCUGUGCUGUAUGUUCAAAGUGGAUGGGAAAGUCACAUAGCCUUUGUUGAGAAAUGAAAGCGAACCGUGUUAACUUUGGCGGGACAGUUGUUGUAUGUUUUAUCUGUUUGAAUGCAAUACUUUUUUAUGUGUGUUUGUAGACUGCAUUUAAAAAUAUAAAUUGUGCCACAUGUGCACUACUAAAAUUACAGAUUUUUUUAAAGUAAUAAUGUUGUGAUUUUAGCUGCUUUGAAGCUCACUCCCUCUCAUGGUUUGUCUAUGCACCCUUAAUAUCAACCACUGUGUCUGUUUGUGCAUUGAUAAAGGAUGAUGUCCAACUUAAAUUCAGUCAUUAUGCUAUUGUGCUGGACAACAAUAAUGUGCAUAACAUGGCGUGUGAUCUUUGACCUUAUGUACCAAGGAAUGUGUCCAUUUUAGAUAAACCAAUUCAGAGGUCUGAUUCCUGAAACAAGAAAUGCCAGUGUAAAACUCAGACUUCUAUCACAUCAUGCAGUAAUUGCAAUAGCUGAUUGUGUUUGAAUAUGGAGUUGCAGUGCAUAAGCAGAUGUCAUGUGAGAAUUCUGGCUCUGAAGACUUCCGCUGUCACAAUCACUGCCAAGCCGCAGUCCCCAGCACUCUUUAGAUUCUAUUCCAUAACGUACAUUCCGUGACAGAUAACAUUGAACCCACUAGGUGAAUAGGUUCUCAGGUAUGCAAGGCUUGAAGUUUUGUUGGGCCCUUUGUUUGUUAAUUGAUUUAUAUCAGUUUAACAAAACGUGUUUAUAAGCCCCUUGAUAUUCUAGGCAGAAUUUAUUGAGAGGAGGUGUGGAUCACUGCAUCCAAAAUUCCGAAUGUUUGAUGUGAGAUGUAUGUUUUUGCACGGCACAUGUGUGCCAUCAUGCUACUAGCACUGUGUUGGCCACCAGUCAAACGUUAGAUAGCCUCUCUUAUUCUUCUCUAUCAGGAGGCCAUUAAUAGAACCUGCUGCUCAGAGCACCUCAAGCCUUUGUGAUAUCAUUAGUGCUUUAACCAAUCCGUGGGUUUCCAACCCCAGGUCUCCAAGUGCUUUUUUGCUCAUUCUACAUGACUAAUGUAAAAAAAAAAAAGAACU